AUGAUGGUGGUGAGGAGGAAGCAAGACUCGGCGCGCUGGCCAGCUGAUGAGGCACGGGCGGGACGCCUUCGGCAGUCGGAUACCGAAUAUCGGAGCUGCAGGGUGCAACAGCGCAGCGCCAGCGCCGGCCGGCGUUUUUCAGCACUCUUCCAACCUAGCCUCAGCACCGCUCAGCCUCCCAAUCUUUUCGCCGCCCUCGACAUCCUCACCGCGACCACCACCACCAACGCCACAUUUGACACCGCCCUCGGCGCACAACUCAAGCCCAAGCAUAUGUCUUCGUUCCGCACAAGGCCGCCGUUCCCGGUCGCGUCCGGACAGAGGUGGUCCAACGCCAUGGCUUCGUCAUCGUCGUCGUCGUCGUCGUCGCUGUCGGCCUCGUCGCUGUCGGCCUCGCCGCUGUCGGCCUACUCUGCGCUGCGCCACUCGUCCUCGUCCUCCUCGGCCAGAGCAGACGCGCUGGCAGACGCCGCUCACGCCAGUACCAUCGCUUCCAUACGCGGUGCUACCACCCCCUACAUGGCCCCCUCGCCCUACAGCGCCAACGCCUCGUCGGCCGCCCUCUCCCACCUCUCCCACCAGCAUGCCGCCGCCAACCCCAACCUCACCUCGUCCCAGGCCAGGAGGUCCCGCGCCGCCCUCCACGGAUCCAACCGCUCCGCCCUCCCAGACGCAAACAUGAUCAGGCUGCCAGAUUACGUCGUCUGGGGCGUAGACCAGGCCAUCGCAUCGGCCGACAAGCACCUCCUCCGCAACGACCACCUCCGCACCGCAACCAUACACGACCCGCUCUCCAGCAACCUCGAGACCGACAAGCUGCCUCCCGCACGGUCUUCGAUCCUCCACCUCUCUACGGCAUCGCCAGCGAGGUACGCGGCCAUCCUCGCCGUGCUCUCCGAGCUGAAACAGCGCCUAGCCGGCCCCGCCGUCCCGAGCAUCGACAGCCACGAGGCGCUCCACGCCUGGACGCCCGACACCGUCGUCGACUACGACUGCUCCACCGCAGAAGGGCUGUGGGCCUCGGCAAAGGUGUUUGACACCGCCCGGGAGGCAUCUCUCCGCGACGAUCCCACGGCCAUUCACGACGACGGACAAAGCGCUUUCCAGCCACACACGCAGGACGAGCCGGACGGCGGCGUCAAGCACUACUUUGGCUUCGACCGGCGGUCGCACCUCCUCAAGAUGGGCAAGCGGCUCGUCGAGAGUGUGACCCGCUCUCCGGAAGACGUCCCCAUGGCCGCCGAACAGCAGGAUCCGGAGCCUGCCUCCAAGGCGCCAGAAACCAUCGAGAUUGACGGAGAGAUCUUCGAGGCCCAGGACGCCUCGGACGGCAUCGAGGCCGACGACGCUGCCGCAGCCGCAUCUCCGGAACCACCGAGCUUCUACGACGGCCCAAAGUCGGCCAUCUCGCGCAUCUCAAAGACCUUCCUCCACGUCCCGGUGCCCACCGAAGGCGACCGCAGCAAGACACUGGCGUUGUCGGCAUUCGCCCUCAGCCACAUGACCCACGACCGCAACCGCUCCGACGCGGUGCAGAGCAUGUGGGACAGCGGCGCCGCGGUGCUCGUCCUCAUCGACCACGCGACGCCGCGCGGCUUUGCCAGCAUCGCCGCGGCCCGCGCACAGCUGCUCCAGCUCGGCAGCAACGACGGCGACGGCGUCCACGUCGUGGCGCCCUGCCCGCAUGACCGGCCCUGCCCGCUGCUGCACCCCUUCUCCAUCUCGAGCGCCGCCCACGCCGUCGUGGGCACCCAGCCGUCGCAAAAGGACCGGCAGCCGAUCUGCAGCUUCACCUCGCGCCUCGUUACGCCGUCGUUCCUCCGCAAGACGCGGCACAGCAAGCGCAACGAGGAGGACGUCGAGUACAGCUACGUGGUCGUCCGGAGAGGCGCCCGCCCGGGUCUCGAGACCGAGGCCCGGCGACGGAUGGAGCUGCAGCCUGAGGCAGACAGUGCUGUCGGCUACGAGACCCACCUGCACAGCCUGGUCCAGCAGGCCGAGGAGACCAAGACGGGCAUCCUCGACGUGCUGCGCGGGACCAAGACGGCUGCCAAGGAGCGCAGAACGCUCCAAGAGGUUGGCCUCGAGCCGCAGCUUCAGGACCCUUUGGAGGGAGGCGACGACGUCGUCGACCUGGCCUCUGGUGGUGAAGAGGCCGCCGAGGGGCAGCUCUCUGCCGAGGAGGAGCUGAUGCGGCUGCUACCCGAUGCCCUCCGCGCCGAGAUGGAAAAGGCGGGCGUCGAGGAAGGCGAGGGCGGCCAGAGCGUCGAAGAGAUGCUGAGCCAGUUUAUCGAGGCGAGUCGCGAGGAGCAGCAACGGCAGCAGCAGUCGUCGUCCGACUAUCAUCGGCGCUCCGUCGAGGCGGCCGAGGGCAGCGGCGAAGAAGCGGCGGCGGCGUCGGCCGAGGCGGGCGACGCGUUUGACACGUCCAAGCUGAUCCACGCUCUCGGCAACGGGGGUGCCCUGUCCGACGGCGGCAGCGGGCCGGGUUCGAUGCAGGACCGCGACGACUGGACCGCGACGGAGCUGGCCAUGCGGCUGCAAUCGUACGGCUGGCCGCGGCUGAUCCGACCUCCGCUGAAGAAGGGCGGCCACGUCACGCUCGACGCGUGCUGCGCCAGCGGCAACAUUGAGCGCUUCACGAUUGCCAAGUCGGCGGGGAGGCAGGCGUACCAGGAUGCCCGAAAGGCGCAGUGGGGCGACCUGUUCCCGCACCGCGCCAAACACGGCAAGACGACGAUCAAGAUCCUCGGUCCCGAGGCGGCGGCGCUGAUCGAAAAGCGGCUCGAGAUGGCGCGGAACGGCAUCGAUCCCUCUGCAGUCGCUCAGGGCGGCGUCGAGGAUCGGGGAAUCGGGAACGAGGCGCGGGCGGCCGCGGACACGGAGAAGAUCGAGCUCAAGCUCAACGACCGGAAGGUCAAGAUUCAGCAGAAGCGCGCCGAGGAGCGCAGGAUCAAGGAGGCCAUGUUGGCCAGGAAGUCGGCGGCUUCCUCGAGCGCGGCGGACGGUGCGGCUGCCGCUGAUGCAGGCCAGUUCGAUGGGGCGCAAGCAGAGGAUGUCGACGACGGUGACGACGACGACGACGACAUGAUGCAGGGCCUGUUUGAGUCGGACGAGGAGGCCGAGGCGCGGAUGAUGGCGGAAGAAGAGGCGCGGGCGGUGCGCGAGCAGCUGCGUCGUCAUCCCCUCGAGCAGCCGCCGCAGCAGCAGCAGCAGCAGCAGCAGCAGCAGCAGCCAGGAUCGCAAGCAGGGUCCAGCGGCGACGACGACGUGAGGUCCGCCCCGUCGAGCGCCAUCGUCGAGCAGCACUACCACCACCUCAUUGGCGCCGACACGAUCGCGCCUUCGGCGACGCAGCAACGCAAGGCGGCGCGAUCCAAGUCGCGGAAAUGGGAGGCCGAGGCCGCACCGCGCCCCUCGUCGCUCAAGGCCGGAUCGAUCGAGUCGCAGCAGCGCCGGAGGCUCCAACGCCAGCAGCGCAACGCCGACCGACCCUUUGCCUACGACAGCGACAGCCGCGUCGCAGCCGACGACGCUCAAGGCGAGACGACGCAGCACGAGGGUCUGUCGAGCGUUCUCGCCUCUGUCGACCCGCGGCUCGCCGUCAAGCAGCAGAGACGCAGGCAGAACCGUGCCAGCCGAAAACGCAGUCGUGGCGAUUUCGACGACGAGAUCUUUGGCUAG